AUGGUUGAUCCUGAAGUUGCUCGGCAAGCAUUUGGUUCUUCUUGGAAUGCGGACAUGACUUUUGCGAAAGGGUUGAUUUUUGCGAAUAAAGAGGCGGUGAAACGUGCACUAACAAUUUACGCUAUAAAGCAUAACAGAAACAUUGUGACUAGUAGGUCGACCAAAAGUAGAUUGUCUGUGAAAUGCGUCGAUGAGUCAUGCAUGUGGUACGUUGGGGCAGUCAAGAAGCCUGAACAUGGACUAUGGAUGGUCACAUCUUACAGGGGUCCUCAUAGUUGUAUACCCCUUGCCACGGCCCUUGAUGGUAGAAUGAUGGAUUGUAAUUUUCUUGUAGCAGAAUUUGUUCCAUUGUUGCAAGAAAAACACACGGCAACAAUUUAUCACCUCAGAGAUUUCGUUAAAGGGAAGUAUUAUGGGCAUAAGCUUUCUUACUAUAAGAUAUGGGAUGCGAAACAACGAGUUAUUGCAAAGAUAUUCGGGGAUUGGGAAGAGUCUUGCCAAAAGUUGAGAAAAUUAUUAUUGGCAUACUUGGAUCAAGAAACUGGCACCCGGUACUGGUGGCACACCAUACCCAGGGACGAGUUCGGUGAUACAAUAUUGCGCUAUGUAUUUUGGGCUUUCGCUCCAUGCAUUGAAGAAUUCAGGCAUUGUAAGCCAGUGAUCAGUAUUGAUGGGACUCAUUUGUAUGGUAAAUAUCGAGGGGUGUUGUUGAUUGCAAUGGCCACCGAUGCCAACAACAAGGUUUUGCCUCUCGCCUUUGCCAUUGUGGACAAAGAGUCAGGGCCUAGUUGGAGGUGGUUUUUAGAAUGUCUCAGGAUCUCACUGGAAGAUGUGAUAGCAGAUAAGGACAUUUGCAUAAUUUCUGACCGACAUAAGGGUAUUCAAAACGCAAUUGUAAACUGGCCUAGAGAUGAUGAUGGACGACUACGAGUAGUUCACAGAUAUUGCCUUCGACAUGUUACUAGCAACUUUAACACGCAUUUUCAAGAUGCCACUUUAAAGUCAUUGGCCUUGAAAAUGGGGUAUACUACUCAGGAAGUUAAGUUUGAGUUGUACAUGCAACCUAUCAAGGAAGCCGAGAUUGAGGCCCUUAGGAAGAAACGGAGAACCGAGCGGCAGGAAAGUGAACCCGACUCAUCCAUCAUGCCAUACACAUAUCUAAUGAAAGAGGAUCUAAACAUGUGGACCCAGCUACAUGAUGGUGGAUACCGUUAUGGGGCUAUGACAACCAAUGUCUCGGAAUGCUUCAAUGGAGUACUAAAAGGUGCCCGUGGCCUAUCCAUUGCUGCAAUUGUUGAAUUCACUCAUUGCAAACUUGUUGCGUAUUUCCAUGAUCGACACAAAGAAAUUACUCAUGAUCUCUCACAGGGCAAGGUAUGGAGUAAAUAUGCCUUAAAAAUCUAUGGACAAAACCUACAAAAAUCUCUUGGCCACCAUAUAAAUGCGUUUAAUUAUGUGAAUGGUAUAUAUCAAGUAAUUACUGCAUACAACAUCCAUAGCUCUGGAGGGAGACACCAUAGUCAUGAAGUAAACCUAAUGGACAGAACAUGUCGUUGUGGAAAGUGGCAAAAUCGAAAGAUCCCUUGUUCACAUGCAAUUAAAGCUCUUCAGCACUUGGGGCAAGAUGCGACUACAUAUAUUGACCCAUGUUAUAGUUUGAACAAUGUCAUUCGCACCUACUCACAUGCAUUUGUGGUGCCAAAGUCAGAGUCAUUGUGGAGGGAUGUGAACGGUCCAAAGUGGGUACCUAACCCAAACCUGUUAUGGGGCAAAGGUCGACCUGUGGUGUCUAGGAUACGGAAUGAGAUGGAUGGGGUCCGACGAGAACCAGGAAGCCGGAGGCCAAAUUUUGACUUGAGGGAGAUUCAACAAAAGCAAAGUUGUGGACUGUGUCAUCAACAUGGGCAUAACUGUAGAAGAUGUCCACUUUCUCGUGGGGCUUCGACAAGCAGUAAUGAUCCAAACUAG